GACAACGGCACGGUGGCCUUUGAACGAGGCGGGCCUGCACCUCACUACGUGACGCAGCCCACACGAGAGUUCCACGCUGACGGCAAAGCCUUUGCAAUGGAACGGGACAUGACCUGGACAGCUACGACGGAUGUGCUAAAAGAGUUGCACGUUGUCGCCUACAACACCCGGACGCUGCAUUCCGUCUCUAGAGCAGUGGCACUCCAUGCCAUUGACCGCAGCCACGGAACCAUCAAGAUCCAAAGUAUCGGCACCGGUUACCACGCAGGUACCCCGGACGGCGAGAAGCUAAUUGACCUGGCCUUCGGGAAGACUACAUAUGCGCUGAAGAUUCGCCCGGCAUGGCUGCAGCAGAUACUCGCAGGAACGAAAACGGUCGAGCUCCGAAAGAAGCCAUGCCCAACCUACCUAGAGACACACGCCAUCAGCCUGAUGGAGACAGGGAGUAGGCUUAUUCGCGGCACGGCCGUCGUCAAGGCGCUCAACUACGACGCUGACAAAACCUAUGCGUGGACCCUGCAGGUGCUGUGGUCUGGCUACGACGUGAGCACUGCCUGCGCAUGGCUCGCAUGCCUGAAGAGCAUACAGGCCGUCUUUGUGAUGACCAGGAUUACGCUCGUACACUGUCUAGAAGGAGACUGGGGCGCCUCGAUGCGACAGAUGCUGACAGCAGAGGAGCUCCUGGUGCUGCUACAGCUAAAAAGAUCCCUGCCCAUGAGGAACCUUGACUGGGCACUCCGGCUCCAAGCGGACGUGGCUGCCUUGCGGACAAUCAUGGCUUCCCUGCAGAGCACUCAACUGCGCUUUCCCGGCUUCUGCUGUCCGGUAACUGUCGAAUUCGGCAAAGCCUGGACUCCACAAAGUUCUGACGACCCACUGCAGACCCUGGGAACGGUCGAACACCUGCUGCAUUGGAUGGAGGACUUCGGCUUAGGAGGCUACACACCCAGUGAAGCGGUGCUCGUCAUGAAUGCCUGGCCCAAGACCACCAGGGAUGUGGGAGCCGCCCUCAGCGAUUUCUUGACCGAAGCACAUGCCGAGUUCUUCUACAG